AUGACAGUCGACGCAUCCAACACUUCGCCUACACCCUACUCCGAAUCAUCUUCCAACCCUCUCCACAAACUAGGACACGCCCUCAAACCAUCCACCCUCGUUUCCAAACUACACCAUUCCAAAGACACCGAUACCUCCCACUCUCAUGAUCAGAAUCAGCUUGAACAAGGAAAGGCUGCUCAGCGUACUGAAGAGAAGCGGCGAGAGAAAGAAGAGAAAGCUCGCCGUGCAGAGGAAGAGAAAGCAGAAGUAGCCCGUCGUCGUAAAGAAUCUGAUGAAUUGGCAUCCAAGACUGAAGAUCAAUCUAUGAGAGAGAGGUAUGGUGAUUUAGAGAUUCCAGGUGAAAUCAUCCCUUUAGACGAUGUCGUUCAACUCCCUGAAGGUCGAACGGUCACAUUCAGAGCAAGAAUUCAUACUCAGAGGGAAUUAUCUACUCAACUGGAUUUUAUCAUCUUCCGUCAUAGAGGUUACACAAUCCAGGGCGUAUUAAGUGGUGAAAUAGCAAGUGAACAUAUGAUUAAAUGGACCGAGCGUAUACCCAGUGAAUCAAUAGUCCAAGUCAGUGGGACACUCGCCAAACCUCCUAAACCUAUCAAAUUAUCCGUGGAUUCCCCCUUGGAAGUAAGGAUAGAAAGUAUUCAUCUGGUAGAACCAUCCAAAAACAUUCCAUUUGGAUUAUACCAUGGUGAACCCCCACCUCAGAGAUCAAGAUUGGGCAAUAGGACAUUAGACCUUCGUCAUCCGACCAAUCAAGCGAUAUUCAAAAUUCGUGCAAGGCUCUUAAGGGUAUUUAGAGAUACGUUGGACGAUAUGGAUUUUAUAGAGAUUAAUACACCAAAACUGCAGCCCGCUGCUACGGAGAGUGGAGCAGAGGUAUUUAGAGUCAAUUAUUUUGGAAGGAAAGCUUUUUUGGCACAAAGUCCUCAGUUGAUGAAGCAGAUGGCUAUUUCAGCUGACUUCGGGAGGGUAUACGAGAUUGGACCCGUCUUCCGUGCGGAAAACUCCAAUACCCACCGACAUCUUACCGAAUAUACAGGAUUAGAUAUCGAACUAUCCCUCAAACAAGAUUACCACGAAGUCUUCCACGUGCUUGAUCACAUCAUGAAGAACAUGUUCCGAGCAUUGGCCACCAUGAAAUCUGAAUUAGCGAGAGUGAGGGAAGUGUGGAACAGCGAAGAGUUUGUUUUCUUAGAUGAAACUCCCAUUAUACCAUUCUCAGAAGCUAUCCAGAUGUUACGUGAUGAUGGUCGAGAUGUCGAAGAAGAAGACUUACAUACGCCUGACGAAAUUCGUUUGGGUGAAUUGGUAAAACAGAAGUAUCAUACGGACUACUAUAUCAUCGAUCGAUUUCCUAAAUCGGCACGACCAUUCUAUACAGCCAACGACGGCAAGACGACCAACUCGUUCGAUAUGUUCAUUAGGGGACAGGAGAUCUGUACAGGUGGACAGAGGAUCAAUGAUCCGUUCGAACUUCGAGAGUCAAUGAGAGAAAGUGGUAUCAACGAAGAUGAGAUGGAAGAGUAUCUCAGUGCAUUCGAUUGGGGUAUGCCACCUCAUGGAGGAGCAGGGUUGGGAUUGGAAAGAAUAAUCACAUUUUAUCUCGAUUUGCCUGAUAUUCGAUUAUCUUCGUUAUUCCAUCGAGAUCCACAUUCCUUACCUACCAAAAAGCCAUCUUUACCACAUCCCGAAGCAGAUACUACCAAAUCUCGCGACCCUGACUCGGACUUGCCACCACUGGAAGAUCUCAUAGCGAAUUAUGGAGAUGCCACCAACACUUCUUGGCUCGAUGAUCGAUUUACCAUCUGGAGGGAUCACUCAACAGGUGCGGCAGUGGGGUAUGUCGAACAGGGUAAAUUCUGUAUGAUCACUGGAGAUCCACUUUGUUCAGAUUCUCAAAAAUCCGAAAUUACCAAGAAGUUUUUAGUUUUUGUUAAAGAUGAAUUGAGGUUGAAACCUAUAUGGAUGUUGGUUUCGUCAGAAUUCCAGGAGAUUUUGGCAGAAAGGUAUGGAUGGAGAAGUUUGAGUUGUACGCAGGAACAACGAAGUAAUUCGGAUAAGGUAAAACCUGAAGUGAUCCAAAAUAACAAACAACAAAGAGGAGUAUUCUCCGUCAGAGAGAUCAACAUUGAAGAAGAGCAAGACACGAAAAAUAAGAUCGAUGAGAGGAUUGAAGAAUGGCAAGAACAUAGAAGUAGUGGAAAUAAGAAAGGCAAACAAAUUCAUUUGACGGAAAUUGCACCUUGGAGAGAUAGUGGGCAUAGAAGGUAUUUCAUAGCGGAGAGUGAUCCGAGUAAACGGAAUGUCGACGAUACAAAGAAGACCAAUGGCGAUACCUCGAAAGAUGAUGAACCUCGAAUCGAAACUUUGGUGGUCCUCACCCGUCUCUCACCUAAACACGGCUAUCAACUGAAAUGGGCUCUGGAUUUCCCUUCUUCACCUAAAGGAGCCAUCGAAUCCACCGUCCAAUCUGCUCUGUCGGCUGUACCCGGUGAACCAGUCACUUUUGGUGCAUCGGUCUCGGAGAGUUUCCUGAUCGCUCAUGGGAUAGGGGAGAUGAGGUCCAAGAUUAUGGAAAGGACGUAUAAUGGGAUAGUGAAGGGUCUGAGUCUGGAUAAGAAAGCUGAGUUUAGAGAGAAAUUCGGCGUGGAAGGUGAAAGGACUUUUAUAUGUUAUCCCAAGGGUGGGGUUAGGGUGACGGAGUUGAAUGAGAUUGUAAAGUUUUUCGAGGAGUAG